AUGGUCCUCACAAGUGUGGAAAAGAUGGUUGGCCUCCAGAAGAAGACUUCUGGAAUCAGGAACAUCUGUAUAUUAGCCCAUGUGGAUCAUGGCAAAACUACUCUAGCUGAUUGUCUAAUAUCUAGCAAUGGAAUAAUCUCAAGCCGCUUGGCAGGAAAGCUGAGAUAUCUAGACAGUAGAGAAGAUGAACAGGUCCGAGGAAUAACAAUGAAAUCUAGUGCAAUUUCAUUGCACUUUGUGAAAGGUGAUCAGGAGUAUCUGAUUAAUUUAAUAGACUCCCCAGGGCACGUGGAUUUUUCUUCAGAAGUAUCUACUGCUGUUCGACUCUGUGAUGGUUGCAUCAUAGUGGUGGAUGCUGUUGAAGGAGUCUGUCCACAGACUCAAGCAGUUCUACGGCAAGCAUGGCUAGAAAAUAUACGUCCAGUAUUGGUGAUUAAUAAAAUCGAUCGCUUGAUUGUGGAACUCAAGCUCACCCCUCAGGAAGCAUACUUGCACCUUAAGAAUAUCUUAGAACAGAUCAAUGCUGUCACUGGAGUACUCUUUACCUCUAAAGUCUUAGAAGAAAGAGCUGAGAAAGAAACAGAAAAUGAAAGUAUUUCAGACGCUGCACCAGGAGAUCAAAUUUAUGACUGGAGUGCUGGAUUGGAAGAUACUGAUGAUUCACAUCUUUAUUUUUCACCAGACCAUGGAAAUGUGGUGUUUGCCAGUGCAAUUGAUGGCUGGGGUUUUGGUAUUGAGCAUUUUGCCAAACUGUACAGCCAAAAGAUUGGAAUCAAGCCUGCAGUACUUCUGAAGACUUUAUGGGGAGAUUAUUAUCUAAAUACAAAAGCAAAGAAGAUAAUGAAAGGUGAUCAGUCAAAAGGAAAGAAACCUUUGUUUGUGCAGUUGGUGCUGGACAACAUUUGGAGUCUGUAUGAAGCUGUUAUGAAAAGAGACAAAGAAAAAAUUGAAAAGAUAGUCACCUCUUUGGGAUUGAAAAUUGGUGCACGGGAGUCACGGCAUGCAGACCCUAAAGUUCAUCUUAAUGCCAUUUGUAGCCAGUGGCUUCCAAUAUCUGAUGCAGUCCUCUCCAUGGUGUGUAAUAAACUUCCCAGUCCUCUUGACAUCACUGCGGAGAGAGUGGAAAAGCUGAUGUGUGUUGGAGCUAGAACAUUUGAUUCUUUGCCACCUGAAACUCAGGAACUCAAAAGUGCUUUUAUGAAAUGCAGUAGUGAAGGAACAGCCCCAGUUAUUGUCUUUGUUUCCAAAAUGUUUGCUGUUGAUGCAAAGGCAUUACCACAAAAUAAGCCAAGACCUUUAACUCAAGAAGAAAUAGCUCAUCGGCGUGAACUUGCGAAACAAAGGCAUGCAGAAAAAUUAGCAGCAAGUCAAGGAAAGGAGCUGUCAGAAAAGCCCUCAAGUGAAAAUUCAUCUGAAGUAACUACGAACACUGGUGAUACAAAAGAUGAAGAGCAACAUCUCACUGGUCAAGUAGAGACCUCGAAGGCAAUGAAACAGGAAGCAGACAACAAGGAGUCUUUCAUUGCAUUUGCUAGAGUCUUCAGUGGUGUGGUGCAAAGAGGGCAAAAGAUCUUUGUUUUAGGACCAAAAUAUGAUCCUGCUGAGUCUUUGCAUAAGCUGUCAUCCCAGUGUUCUGCUACAGAUGAUCUGCCAUUAGUACCUCAUAUGACUUGCUGCACGUUGGAGAAUCUCUACUUGCUUAUGGGAAGAGAACUUGAAGAUCUCGAAGAAGUACCUGCAGGAAAUGUUCUGG